AUGGUCACUGUGCGGGACGCACAAGGCGGGGUGCAGCUUGCGCCGCACGAGGCACACAAAAUGGCGGUGUGCGCGCUCGGAGUGUCGCCCGACGGGCUCAUGCUACUGUCCGCAGGGGAUGAGGUCGUGCUUCUCUGGAAACUCAGUCCGCGAUUGGCGGGCGGCGCGGCGGUGUGCGGGCGGCUGAAGGGCCACAAGAAUUUCGUGUACAACUGCGCGUGGGCGCCGGACGGCCGCAGGCACCACUGUGCGGAUGUGGAGAAAGGGGAGACGACGCAUCUGCUGGGCGGACAUACCUCGAUCAUCAAUUGCAUCGUGUUCUCGGCAGACGGGCAACGCGUGGCGACGGCGGCUGGGGAUUAUACGGCGGGCGUGUGGGACGUGGCGAGCGGGGCGCAGCUGUCCUUGCUGCAGGGGUACGUUGGCAUACUCUACACGGUCGCGUUCUCGCCGGACGCGCUGCGGGUGGUGACGGGCGCGGAGGGGACUGUGCGGCAGGUGCUGUCCGUCGGUGCGGAGGGGCGGGUGAAGGUGUGCGACUCGUACAGCGGGGAGGUCCUGCGUAGCAUCGACGCCACCGCGAACGCGAAAGACCGGCUGACCAUCGCCGCGAUCUCGCACGACGGGAAGCUCGCGUGCACCACCGCGCGAGACAACGUCGUGCGCGUAUGGAACCUCGACACGGGCGCGGCUGUCGCCGCGUUCAAGCCGGGCCAUAAGGACUGUGUGCAGGUGCUUACCUUCUCGCCGGACGCGAAGCGCGUCAUCUCGAGCAGCGACGACGAGACGAUGCGCAUAUGGGUCUUAUAG